UUUUCAAUUUUAGACUAGAGAUGUGUCGUUCGGUCAUGACCCGUUCGAAUUGAACGGGUCAUUAAGGUGAACGAGUGAUCCGGAUCACAUUUAUUCAAAAAACCCGUUCAUUUGACUCGUUCAUCAACUGGGGUAAACCCCUGUUUUUACUGUCUUUACACAUUACUGGUUACACAUCAACUUUUUACACUCUUUACACAUCACUGCCGCGAACGGGUCGCGGCAGUGAACGUGAACGACUGACCCGAAUCAGUAAAGUGAUCCGAACUUCCCAUCUCUAGAUGACAGUAAGUUAGUCCACCAAACAUGGCGGCCAUCUUGUUUGUAUGCUCAGGUCCGGUAUUUAGGAGGUCCUGGGUUAACAGAAUGAGAAAGCGGCACGCCACACGCAACGUCUUAUAUCGACGUACGAUUUGACCUUGGUUUUGCUUGUGCGGUAAAACGAUGCGCAGUAUAGCUGGACCGAAAAGUAACUAGCAAUGACUACGACAAGUCGGUCGACCUACCAAGUCGGUUUCAGCCCAGCCAACUUAGUUUGAACAGUUUUCGUUAGGCCUUCUACGUGCAGUGUCAGAGGUAAUAUUUUACAAAUUAUAUCAGAGUUAUCAGGUGAAGUUGACAAACCAAAAGAUAGGUACGGUACCUAAUAAACUGAAAACAAUAUGUCUGAUUUACGACAUUGUACCCGCGACUUCAUUCUGGAAUUAAUUGACUUAUACCACAGUUACCCCUGUCUAUGGAAUGUGCAGAUUAAAGAUUACACAAGCCGACAGAAGAAAAAGGACGCUUAUGAUGUGCUUGUGAAAAAGUACAGGGAAGUUGAACCCAAAGCCAAUAGGGACACUAUCAUCAAAAAAAUAAACUCUCUACGAACUGUGUAUCGGAAGGAGCUGAAUAAAGUGAUCAAAUCUCAACAGGAAGGGAGAGAAGUGUAUAAACCAAGUCUGUAUUACUAUGAUAGACUAUCCUUUUUGACCGACGUGCACAUGCCAUCCAAAUUGUUGAGUUCGUCAUCUAACAAUGAUGAUGCAGACGCUGAAACAAAAAGUGAGAAUAUCGGAAGCAUCAGUGGAGAUCAUGAUGACUGGUUCAAUAAUAAAUCAUUAGAACAUAAUAGCCGAUCAAGUACACCAUCAACAACUCAUGAAGAACCACACUCUCCUAUAGAAUUGUGUAUGGACUCAUCAUUCCCAACAACGACUUCUCACGUGAACCAGUCAAAUAAGAGGCAAAAAUUUAGCGACCCCGACGAGAUGCCAGGGAUACGAGAGAAGAGAGAAUUGCUACGCCAGAAUGAUGAUGAAUUCGACGAUUUCGCGAGGCACAUAGCCAACAAGUUGCGUGGCUUGGAAAAAAAGCAAAAUAUUUUCGCACAAAAGUUAAUUAAUGAUGUCGUGUUUGAAGCUGAAAUGGAAUCUCUGACUAGAGAUAGCAAACUUGUCUACCUAUGUGUUCCAAAUUGUUGGCCUAGCAGUUACCGAAGAACGGAAAGAUGAUCGAUCAUGAUUCAAGAUCAUAUUGAGAUAAUAUGAUUUAGCAUCUAAAGUUACCAGCUGUAAUAAACACGUCACCCUAUGAUAAAUUGUGUAGGCUACUGGUAUUACAACGGUAAUUUGGAGUUGAAGUGUAGUUGAUUGGUAUCAGUUGUAGAUAAUGGUUCUUUA